AUGUACUUGUCACCCGAAUGCUUGAACGAUCUUAGAUACCGUGUCUUUUGGGAGAGUACUGAUGAGCCAUCGCUUAAUAAGUUUUUGAAUUAUCGAAUACACGCGGAAGAUUUGAAAGAUGAGGUGGCGGAACAUAAUCAAUACAUAGGAGAACUAAAUUCUAUUAGCAAAUAUUAUCCCGAAAUGUCUGAAAUUGGAAAAAAGGUGAAAAAAUUUAAGCAAGAUUUCAAGGAAAAGCUACGUGUUUGUGUAUUUGUAUAUGUAACACUUCACGAACUACUUUGCGGACUGCGUGUUCGUAGGGGAAAGACUGCGUGUUUGUCCAGAAGGAAUGAUAAAAACUCGCAACAGAUAAAUCAUUUUUGGGAUCUGCAAACGAAGAGACAAAAUAUUAUCACGGAGAUAAAGUUGCUUGAAGAAAGAAACAAGUUAAUUGAGAAGGAGCUGGAGAGUCAGAUUAAUCUUGAACAGACUCAACAAAUUCUGGAUACGGCAAGAGAGAACCGAGGUCAAGUUAGUUUAUUACAACGAGCAAUUACAGGAAAGAUUGAAAAACGCAUAUUGGAUGAAACACAAGUAUCUUGCAAACAACCUAAAAGGAAGAUCAAAGUUAUUAAUGGGAGUGAAACUGCACAUUAUUCUGAAUCUAAUGAUGUAGAAAAUGAUGAAGAGAUCAGAGAUCUUACGGAGGCCAAAACAACCAUAAGAAAUGAAGGAAACAUAGAUAACGAUACAUCAUUGAGUUCCAAAUCAACCCUCUCCACGUAUAAAGAAGAGGAAACCGAUGGGGAUGAGAUUCAAUUUAAUGAUUCAGACGAUGAUUUCCGAGCCAGAACUCAGGAAUGCUUUAACAAGCGUCCUUUAUCUUCUGAAGAUGAAUUGGAUUCAAACAAGACCAAAACAGAUUCUACGUUUAACGUAUCAUUCGACGAAUACACUACUGUACCAUCUGGUAAUGAUCCCAAAACGCUAUUACCGCCUAAGCAGGGUACUCUUAAACGUCCACUCGAUAUUUAUGAAAUGGACUUGGAUUGGGCACCGUGGAAGUUCGAUGCCAUAAUUAACGAUAUUGACAUAGAACAAAUCCUUCUGGAUUUAUAUAAAAAAUGUCAAAAAAAGAGACCGAAAACGAAAACGUCACUCGAUUGUGGCAUUAUUGACCUCAACGAAGGUGUUAUUUUAGAAGCUCUAGGCGAGUCGACAAAGAUGUACUUCGAAGAAAAAAUACAGAGAUAUAAACCUAGAAAAGUCAUAUCUGAAGAUGUUGCAAAGAUCUUGAAAAAAUUUAAUGUAACAUCCUUAGAGGAUCUUGGAAAAGUACUAUCAGAAGUCAAAAUCGACUAUAAGAGUCUGGAUCGUGAUAUUGUUUAUGUGCAUCGCCUCUUUCAAAAAUUCUUUGAACUACAUGAGGGGUGGUAUAAUAGCCACAUUGUGGCGCCAAUUUUCGACGAUUGUCUCGAAUCGGUUGAUGAAUGGAUUCUCCGACGUCGACAAUUUGAAUUCAUCUACAUAGAAACAGCCACCACGUCCAUACUCUCAAAAACGGAGGGUGAUUUGUCAAAACUACAUCAGGCCAUAAUUCUCAUGUUUAAACUAAUGGUGUCCACUCUACCAGAAAAACUUUUAGAAGAGAUAUCAUCGAUGCCUGUUCUCUGUGUUCAAUUUAAUGGAGCAAGUAUUGAGAUAUAUCUAGCUAAUUGGCCAAUAAAUAUGCGGCCAAUCGUUUUUUCAAUCAUGGAAUUCGAUAUACCAGAAGAAGUAACAGCAUUGCCUAAACUAACGAAAGUAGCGGCAAAAAUGUUAUCAUUGCGGUCAUUUAUUCUAGAUCUAAAUAAAAAAUAUCAAGUGCUACUAAAGAAAGCGGCCAAUUAUUAUUUAGAUGAAGAUAAUGUCUGGGAUUCGCCACUAAAGUUGAAAGUUCGUUGUUAG